GCUUUGGCUGGCGCUGCUGCUGCUACGGGCGUCGCUGUAGCCAUGGCAGAUGCCCAGGCGCCGGCUGCUACGCCAUCAGACGCCAGCGGCGAGCAAGCCUCCGCGCUACAGCAGCUGCACGAGUGGCUCCAAAGCCAGGGUGCUGACGUGUCAAAGGUGCAGGCCAAGCCUAGCCAGGCGGGUCCAGGUGCGGGUCUCGGCCUGUUCGCCACCGCCCCCGCCUCCGCGCCCCGCCCGGGCACCCCCUGGUGGUCCUGGCUGUGGCCGCGUCGCGGCGCCCCCGCGCUGCCCGAGCCCGUGACCCUGGCUUCCUUUCCGCUGGCGGCCGCCAUCACGUUGCGCACCGCCUGCAGCGACCCGCAGCUGGGGGAGCAGUUCAGCUGGAUGGUUGACAAGCAGCUGCUGGACGAGCGUACGGCGGUGAUGGUGUACCUGCUGAUUGAGAAGCUGCGGGGGGACAAGUCGCGGUUCGCGCCUUGGAUCCGCACCCUGCCGCGCAGCUUCGACGUGCCCAUCACCUUCGCCCCAACCGACUUGGCGGAGCUCCGCGGUACGGCGCUGCAGGGUGCCGCCGCCGCCGUCACCCGGCGCCUGCGCGACACCUGGAGCCGGCUGGAGGCGCCGCUCCGGAACCUGACACGCGAGCUGGGGCUGCCGGCCCCCACCUGGGAGGACUGGUUGUGGGCGUACUGCGUGUUCUGGAGCCGAGGACAGAGCCUGCCUGUGCCGGAGUCGGGCUCGGCCUCCAGCGCUCUCAUCGGUCACUCCUCAGGCAACGGCAGCGACAAGAUCCCGAUUCAGAUCCUCGAGGGUUUGGUUCCGGGGCUGGACUUUUGCAACCACCGGCACAGCCCUCAGCCGCAGUGCUGGUGGGAGGUCGUGGUUCCGGAGCGGCCCAAGACCGCCGCACCGACAUGCCCCGUCAAGGACGGACCCAUGGUUCGGCUGCAGCUGCAUGCGGGCGGUACGGCGCGUGCCGGGGAUGAGUUGUACAUCAGCUACGGUGACAAGUCGAAUGAGGAGCUGCUCAUGCUGUACGGAUUUGCGCUGGAGAAGAACCCGCACGACCACCUGAUGCUGUUCUGCCCGCUGCCGCCUCAGGCGGAGUGGGAUGAUGUGAUGUAUGCGCGGAUUGAGCUGCUGCAGGCGUACGGACUGCGCCCGCAGUUCUUCCUGCCGCACCCGGACCAGGUCGCUGCGCCCGCCGCCGGCAAGCCCGUGAAGGGCGCCGCCGCCGCCGGCAAGAAGAAGGGCUCGUCUGCCGCUGCCCCCAGCCCCGCCGCUGCUGUCGGUGAGGGCGGCGCGGCUGCUGCUGAUGACACGACGCCUCCGCUGGUGCUGCCCGGCGAGGUGCUGGACACCCUGGAGGUGUUCGUACUCAACUUCCAGGAGCUCUCCGUGCGCAGCAAGACGCUGCAGGCAAAGAUGGAGGAGCGGCGCGCCGCCCGCGCUGCAGGCACGCCGCUCGAGGCGGUGACGCAGCACAGCCCGGUGCUGGACCUGGCCUCGCUGCGCAGCCGCUACCCGGGCAUGGGGCUCGCGGAGUUGCGGCACAGCCUGCAGUCCAUGGGGCUGCGCAUGGCCACCAUCACAACCUUCAUCAGGCUUCUGGAGCUCAAGGUGGUCGACCUGGAGGGCUCCGAGGGCACCGGCUCCCUGGAGGCGGACGAGGAGCUGCUCAGGAGCCUGGACCAGGCCACCUCAGCACCCCUGCUGGCCGCACCAUCCGGUGCCCCGGCGGCGGCAGCAACUCAGCAGCGGGAGGAGCAGCAGCAGCGGCAGCGGCGGCUGCGGGCCGCGCUGGUGUACCGCAUGGGUCAGAAGCAGCUGGCGCGUGCGUGGCUGGUUCGAGCCAAGGCAGAGCUGCGGGGUCUGAUGGCGGUGAUGCGGGAGAUGCAGGCGCGGCAGGAGGCGCUGGAGCGUGCUGGGCAGCAGUAGUGGGUACCGGUGCUGGUGAGUGCUAGGAGUUGGGAUGGGAGGAUUGUGGUGGGGCAUGUGGCGGAUGCGGCGAUGGCGGAUGGUAUGGAUGCAAGCUUUGCACGGUUAGGAGUGGAGGGUGAAGGACUGGGUUCAUGGCUGCGUGUGAUGAGGAGGGUGGCUUCGUUUGGGUGGGGGAGGUGUGUGGACUGCACACAGCUACAGUUUGCUGGUGUUGGCGGCGCUCUGCUGCUGCUGGUGGUGAUGGCGUGGCAGUGAGAGUGGUGUUGCCCCCUUCGCCUGAUGCUCGGGAGGCCGCGGCAGCUCACCCGUCCGGUGAGCUGUUGACAAGGGUUGGUGGUGACAAGAGAGGCGGCUUCACUUGUUGUGGUACAGGCAUGCGGGUGUAAGAUUGCAACACACGGUGACAUCAUAUGACCCGUGGAGGGAGCACGGGGCGUCUAGCGGUAAGGCAUUACAGCGGUUGGGUCUCCCUAAGGGUCCUCAGGGCGUCAGGAGUAUCGGUGAAGUCCCCAUGCCAGUGCAAGUGGGUGCGGAUGCCUCGAUGGGGAAGUGCUUAGGGUAUGCGGGCUAUAGUGUGCGGAUUACCGUACACGGUAAAGGUGGCUGCCGUUUGGGCUGGAGUUCAUAACCUAAGCACGCUUCUGGAAUGCUUUUCGGAGGCCGACAACCAUGUGCUGUGCUGCGCGGAGAGUGUUACUGUACGAUGGGGGCGGCGGGCGUGACACCAAGAAGCCGAAAGACAUGGGAG